AUGGCAACAGCAAUCACUCUGAACUCGUCAUUGUUCGUUCCGAAUGACACUGUCGACCCUGAGUCACAAACAGUGGUGUUUGAGUCUUUUGAAUUGCCAACAACCAACCAGAGGAAUCUGGGAGCUCCUCACCCCGAAGGCACGGUGAUCCCACUUGCCCUACGGCUAUCAAGUCACGAUGAUGAUGUCGAACUGGAGACGAUAAUCCAGACAGUGAAGUCGCUCCAGGCUCGCGGUGGGAUUCUCACAGAGAAGCUUGCUCUUCAUGGGACUUUGUUGUUCCGAGGUUUGCCCAUCCACAAUGCCGAGGACUUCAGCAAGUUCGCCCAUGCCUUCGGUUACAGGCCACAUGAAAUCAUUGGCAUUGUGGUGAACAGGCCGCUGCUGGCUCCCAAUGUAGCUCCUGCGAACGAAGCGCCCAAGGAGGUUUUGAUUUACAACCACAACGAGUCGCCUCAGGUACCACACGCUCCUGAGUACAUCUUUUUUUACAACCACAAGGCUCCUGAAAGAGGGGGGGAAACCCCGAUUUCAUCUUCGCUCGAACUUUUCAAUCGCGCUAAGGAUGAGAUUCCGGAGUUCAUUGCCGAGAUCACCGAGAAGGGGAUUCUCAGCCGUGUCACGUACAAGUUCGACCGUCAGUACGAGGGAGGAUCAACGCUUAAGCAGGCCUUCGGCAAAUAUUUUCAAGAAGGAGACAAUGAUCCCACCAAGAAGGCCAAAAUUGAGGCUCAGAUUUCCCGGUACGGUCGUGGUGAGCAUACUACAUGGGAGUGGAUAGAAGAUGGCGUUGUUUUGACCCACCGGCUUCCGGCAGUACGCACGCAGCCCGGCACAAAUCUGCCGACUCUGUUCACAGGUCUGGCAGCAUAUUGGAAGAAUGCGCAGGGGGGCAACGGGUCUAGGAAAGAGGUGACCAAACAGCUGUAUGGUGACGGCACUCCCAUUCCAGAAAAGUAUCUGGAACAUUUGUCGAAGAUUACGGAUGAGAUCCGUGUCCUUCAUAAGUGGCAGCGAGGCGACAUUCUUGUUUACGACAACAUCAUUGCUCAGCAUGGAAGGCAGCCUUGGGAGGGCGAGCAAUCAGAUCGUGUGGUUCUAGCCAGUCUAUUCGAUGGUCACAGCGUUCCAGGUGCGUACAACGAUAAGAGUUGGGCCCAGGUUGUCCAGGCACUUGAAGGAUGA